CACGAGGCUCUUCCUUUCUCAGCCAGCACCGUAUCAGCGGGUGAGUGCGUGGCGUGGAUGGACUGGUGAAAUUUGUCAAAAUUCACUCUACUCAGCCAAUUUGAGUCUCACUAGAACGCCGCAAACAUGCCGGCGUAUUUUCAAAGGCCGGAGAAUGCUCUGAAACGAGCGAACGAGUUUCUUGAGGUUGACAAGAAGCAGCCAGCUUUGGAUGUUUUGUACGAUGUCAUCAAGAGCAAGAAACAUCGAACAUGGCAGAAGAUCCACGAGCCCAUCAUGCUCAAAUACCUGGAGCUCUGCGUGGAUCUUCGCAAGAGCCACCUGGCCAAGGAGGGUCUCUACCAGUACAAGAACAUCUGCCAGCAGGUGAACAUCAAAUCUCUGGAGGAUGUGGUUAGGGCUUACCUGAAGCUGGCGGAGGAGAAGACUGAGACCGCUAAGGGGGAGUCCCAGCAGAUGGUCCUGGAUAUUGAGGAUCUGGACAACAUCCAGACUCCUGAAAGUGUUCUCCUGAGUGCUGUCAGUGGAGAGGACACUCAGGAUCGUACCGAUCGCCUGCUGCUCACUCCUUGGGUGAAGUUCUUGUGGGAGUCCUACCGCCAGUGCUUGGACCUGCUGAGGAACAACUCCAAGGUGGAGCGCCUGUACCAUGACAUCGCCCAGCAAGCAUUCAAGUUCUGCCUGCAGUACACCCGUAAAGCAGAAUUUCGCAAGUUGUGUGACAAUCUGCGUAUGCAUCUGGGUCAGAUCCAGCGCCACCACAACCAGAGCACGGCCAUCAACCUGAACAACCCGGAGAGUCAGUCCAUGCACCUGGAGACUCGCCUGGUGCAGCUGGACAGCGCCAUCAGCAUGGAGCUCUGGCAGGAAGCAUUCAAGGCUGUUGAAGACAUCCAUGGCCUGUUUGCCCUUUCCAAAAAGCCUCCCAAGCCCCAGUUGAUGGCCAACUACUACAACAAGGUGUCGACUGUGUUCUGGAAAUCUGGAAACGCUCUUUUCCACGCCUGCACCCUCCACCGGCUCUAUCACCUCUCCAGGGAGAUGCGUAAGAAUCUGACCCAAGAUGAGAUGCAGAGGAUGUCCACCAGAGUCCUCCUGGCCACGCUGUCUAUCCCCAUCACCCCCGAGCGCACAGACAUUGCUCGGCUGCUGGACAUGGAUGGCAUCAUUGUUGAAAAACAACGCCGGCUGGCCACCCUCCUGGGCCUGCAGUCUCCACCAACCCGGCAGAGUCUCAUCAAUGACAUGGUGAGAUUUAACUUGCUGCAGUAUGUUGUACCCGAAGUGAAGGAACUGUACAACUGGCUCGAGGUAGACUUUCACCCUCUGAAGCUGAGCGGACGAAUGACCAAGGUGCUGAACUGGGUGAGAGACCAGUCUGAGAAGGAGUCUGAUCUGCAGCACUAUGUCCCUCACCUGCAGGGUAAUACCAUCCUGAGGCUCCUGCAACAGGUUGCACAGAUCUAUCAAAGCAUCGAGUUCACCCGCCUGGCCUCCCUGGUUCCCUUUGUGGACGCCUUCCAGCUGGAGCGCUCCAUUGUGGAUGCUGCCCGCCACUGUGAUCUGCAGGUCCGUAUAGACCACACCUCUCGAAAUCUGAGCUUUGGCUCCGACCUGAACUACUCGACCAAAGAAGACGCCCCUGUCGGUCCAUUCCUGCAGAACAUGCCAUCAGCGCAGAUAAGGAACCAGCUGACUGCUAUGUCUUCUUCUCUGGCUAAGGCCGUUCAGGUCAUCAAGCCUGCCUCCAUCCUGCAAGAGCGCGAGGAGCAGAGCCAGCUGGCUAUGGCUGCCUAUCUGAAAAACGCACGCAAGGAUCACCAGCGCAUACUGGCUCGUAGACAGACCAUCGAAGAGCGUAAGGAACGCCUGGAGAGCCUGAACAUUGCGCGUGAGAAGGAGGAGCUGGAGCUGCGUGAAGCUGAGAUGCAGAAGGUUCGCAAGGCCGAGGAGGAGCGACUGCGCCAGGAAGCCAAAGAGAGGGAGAAGGAGCGCAUCAUGCAGGAGCACGAGCUGAUCAAGAAGAAGACAGUCCGUGAGCGGCUGGAGCAGAUCAAGAAGACCGAGCUUGGAGCCAAGGCCUUCAAGGAUAUUGAUAUUGAGGACCUCGAGGAGCUGGACCCUGACUUCAUCAUGGCCAAACAGGUGGAGCAGCUGGAGAAGGAGAAGAGGGAACUCCAGGAACGCCUGAAGAACCAGGAGAAAAAGAUUGACUACUUUGAGAGGGCCAAACGUCUGGAGGAGAUUCCUCUCAUCAAACAGGCUUAUGAGGAGCAGCGAAUCAAGGACAUGGAACUAUGGGAGCUCCAGGAGGAGGAUAGGAUCAGUAACAUGGAAGUCGAGCGGGAGAAGGCUCUGGAGCACAAGAAGCGCAUGUCCAGGAUGAUGGAGGACAAAGAAAGCUUCUUGGGCAAAAUAACUGCUGCUCGUAGCUGUGUCUAUGAGGAAAAACUGAAAACCUUUGAGGAUCGCUUGGUGGAGGAGAGGAAAAAGCGCAUGGAAGAAAGGAAGAAGCAGCGCAAAGAGGACAGGCGUAACAACUUCUACCGUCAGAAAGAGGAAGAUGCUCAGCGUAUCCACGAGGAGUCACUCAAGAAAGAGCGUGAGGAGGCUGAACGCAUUGAACAUGAGCAGCGAGAGGAGGAGGAUCGGGAGUACCAGGAGCGUCUGCGCAAACUCGAGGAGCAGGAACGAAAGCAGCGCGCUCGUCAACAGGAGAUCGAGGAGCGGGAACGCCGUCGUGACGAAGAGAAACGGGUCCCAGCCGAGGAGAAACCCAAGGAUUGGAGCGAAAAGGAGGUUGCAAAGGACACUGAGAAGGAGGAAGGAGGAGGAGGGUGGAGGAAGCGCACAGCUUUGCCUGACAAGGAAAAGAGACAGGAGGAUGACAACGAGGAAAGAGAAGCUCCUGUCAGGCGAGCGGAAGGUUUCCGCAGGGAUGGAGAAGACAGAGGACCCCGUCGGGGGGGCUUCGAUGACGACAGAGCCCCCCGGCGUGGCGAAAAUGAGGACCGCCCCAUACGCAGAGGCUUCGACGAUGACCGCGGUACACGUAGAGGUUUCGAGGAGGACCGUGCCCCGAGGCGUGCUUUCGAUGACGACCGUGCCCCGAGGCGUGGCUUUGAUGACGACAGAAGUUCUCGCAGAGGCACGGAUGACACCUGGGGUCCCAGGAAAGGGGGAGAUGAUGAAGAGAAGGGUGGAAAGAGAGGCGUUGAAGAGGCUCCACGUCGUGGUGAGGAUAACAAAGCACGGCCUGGUGGUUGGCGUGAGCGAGAGAAGGCUCGCGAGGACAGCUGGGGUCCUCCCAGGGACAAGUCCAGGGAGAAAGACGAUGAUACUGAAGAAGAGCCCAAACCAAGCGAGCGGCGUCCAGUCAAAGAGGAGAGUGUCUGGAGGAGACCCGGCACAGAGGAAGGAGGAAGCAGCUGGAGAGACUCUCGAAAAGAGAUCGCUGACAGUGAUGAUCGUCGAGGAGGGCGUGAGGAGCGUCAGAUCGAGCGUCCGCGUGAGGAGCGUCAGAUCGAGCGUCCGCGUGAGGAGCGUCAGAUCGAGCGUCCGCGUGUGGAGCGUCCGGCCGAGCGUCAGAUCGAGCGUCCGGCCGAGCGUCAGAUCGAGCGUCCGGCAGAGCGUCCGGCAGAGCGUCCGGCAGAGCGUCCGGCAGAGCGUCCGGCCGAGCGUCAGAUCGAGCGUCCUGCCGAGCGUCAGAUCGAGCGUCCUGCCGAGCGUCAGAUCGAGCGUCCAGCCGAGCGUCAGAUCGAGCGUCCAGCCGAGCGUCAGAUUGAGCGUCCGAUCAGAGAGAGCCGGGAUGAGCGUGAAGUCAGAGCCCCACCCAGAGAAACAGAGGAUGGAGCUUCUUGGCGUCGUGGAGGCGAGGAGAAGCGAGAGGAGCGUCCCAAAGAGGGUGAGACCGAGGAAGAAAAAGCCAACGCUCGCCGCAUCAAGAACGAGACGGAUGAUGACGGCUGGACCACUGUCCGCCGCUGAGCCACAUCUGCAUCCAAUUGGUUCAAUGAAAUUGGUUCUGAAAAAUAAAUUUGGAUUCCCAUCAGCCAGUUAUAAAUUAAUGGCCACACGCUUCUAAUACUCAUGUGCGUUAUUACUUUGAAUUGAAUAAUUAUAGACAAUAGUUUUCCUGGGGAUUUUUUUUCUUUUAUCUCCAUUUCUUUACAGUUGUUUGGACCAGAGGCUCCCACCAGCCAGAUCACCAUCAACCAAUGAACUUGUGUGUGCACUUUGGCCUCAUGCAAACCAUCAGAGUAAGCAAAGCUGCCCCCAGUGGUUAGGAGUAUUAUUACCUUACAUGAAGAAGUAAACCUAACUAUACUGAUAACAUAAUUACCUGCAACAACUUUCUAUGAAAAUUCAGAGCAUCACCAACUGCCUCUUUUUAAAUAAUUCCCAUUGCAUAGAUGUUAUGAUAUGCCACAGAUCCACAUCUCCCUGUAAAGGCAAUGACAUGAGUUGGUCAAAUGCGUCAGUGAACCUGUUCAAGAACUAGAUACAUUUACAUUUGAUGUGCAUGCAUUCAAUUGAUCUCGCCUGAUAUCCAGUGUGUGGUUUUAUCUCUGCAAUCAACGGUACCCAACCAGGUUGCAUGUCAACAGUUAAAGCCUUUAUUAAUAAAGAUGUUUGCUCACCA